AUGUCGGACUUGCAUAUUGACCUUACAGCACCCAACGGCUUGACAUUCAAGCAGCCGUUGGGUCUAUUCAUUGAUAAUGAAUGGGUGUCAUCUUCCAAGGGCGCAAAGAUCUCGACCAUAAACCCUGCAAACGAAGAGGAGAUAUGUGCAGUACAUGCAGCCGACUCGAACGACGUUGACAAAGCUGUCGAGGCUGCCCGUCGGGCGUUCAAUGGAGAGUGGCGAGAGUUGGACACAUCCGUGCGUGGUGAAUUGCUAUACAAGCUGAGUGAUCUAGUCGAACAGCAUGGAGAUGUGCUGGCCACUAUUGACGCUAUGGAUAAUGGAAAGACUUUCCAGGCUGCCCGUAACGUAGAUAUCGUGGGGGCCAUCGCGCUCCUCCGAUACUACGCUGGGUGGGCGGACAAAAUCCACGGCAAAGUCAUCGAUCCCAAUCCCGACAAACUGGCAUAUGUGCUGCGCGAACCGAUCGGGGUUUGCGGAGCUAUCAUUCCCUGGAACUUCCCCCUGCUCAAUAUCGUGACCAAGCUGGCCCCUGCCCUAGCGGCCGGCAACACGAUUGUGGUCAAGGUGGCCGAACAGACGCCCCUAUCAGCUCUCUACUUUGCCAAUCUGGUCAAAGAGGUUGGUAUUCCAGCUGGAGUGGUGAAUGUGCUGAACGGUGCUGGUAGAGAGGUUGGCUCUGCCAUCGCAGCCCAUCCCGGCAUUGAUAUGAUUACCUUCACUGGUUCAACACCCACGGGCCGACAAGUUAUGAAGACCGCUGCCGGGACGCUCAAGCGUGUCACCCUGGAGACGGGUGGAAAGUCGCCAUUGCUGGUAUUCCCGGAUGCAGACUUGGAACAGGCAGUGCGUUGGGGCCAUCGAGGCAUCAUGUCCAACCAGGGCCAAGUGUGCUCAGCAACGAGCCGUAUCCUCGUGCACGCCGAUAUCUACGAUACUUUUGUUAUCCGGUUCAAGGCAGAGGUUGAGAAAAUCUCCAAAGUCGGCGAUCCUUUCCAGUCGGACACCUUCCAAGGACCCCAGGUCACCAAAGAUCAGUUUAAUCGAGUCCUAUCGUAUGUCGAGGCUGGGAAACAGGAAGGCGCACAGCUCGUGUGUGGCGGAGCUGCAUUCAAGAACGUUGGAGGAAAGGGUCUCUAUAUUGCUCCCACUGUCUUCGCGGGCGUAACAGACAGCAUGGCCAUUGCGCAAGAGGAAGUGUUUGGUCCCUUUGUGGUCAUCGCACCUUUUCAUGACGAGGCAGAGGCGAUCGAACGAGCCAACAGCACCAUCUUCGGUUUGGGUGCAUCCGUCUUCACCAGGGAUAUCUCACGCGCCUUGAGGGUGUCGAAGAAAAUCCAGUCCGGUACAAUCUGGGUCAAUAGCAGCAAUGACGACGAUGUGCGAGUGCCAUUCGGUGGGUACAAGCAAUCAGGGUUCGGGCGGGAAAUGGGCGAGGAGGGCAUCGAGCCGUAUACUAUUACCAAGUCUAUUCAUGUCAACCUGAAUUCGAAAUUAUAA